AGGUUUCCUGGAAUCCUUUGCCUCUCGUGUCAUGGCGGGGAGGCCAAUCAUUAAACGACAUUUCCCAGCAUGCCCCGCGACAGCUAACUGGGCCGGGCUGUGCCGCAAACUCCUGCUUAGGGGUGGGGAGAGCCGUCGGAAAGAGAGGUGCGCGGGCGACGGUCGCUUUACGGCUGCCAGGGUCGGAUCCGCUUCCGGAGUGAGCCACCCCGAAGGCAGCCGUUGCCGCCGCUCGCCGUUCCGCGUAACCUGGAGACGCGACAGCGCCGUUCGGCAAUGGGCGGGAGGCGAUUGUGACAGGCGGCGCUCUCCGUGCCCGCCCCCUCCUCCCUGCCCGGGCAGAGCAGGCCCCUCCAGGCCUGUCGGGAUGGAGGAGGAGAGCAUGGAGGAGGAGGGGGGCGGCGGAGGAGCGGGAGGAGGAGGCGGCGGAGGAGGAGGAGGAGGCGGAAGCGUCAGUAGCAGCAGCAGCAGCUACGAGGCCUUAAUGGACGACCAGAACCACAACAACUGGGAAGCUGCGGCCGAAGCCGCGGGAGGAGGAGGUGGGAGCUACGGGCAGACGCGGCGCCGGCCGGCCUCUGCGUCCCCCGGGGAGCCCCACAGGGCCUCUCUGUCGCCCCACGAGGAGCUGGAGAUCCACAUGAUGUCCGAGGCCGCCAACGGGCCAGGGAAGGGCUGCGAAGCCACGCCGGUCAAGGGGGGCUCCAGUAUCAACCUCAACAUCAACCCCUCGGCCUCCAAGUUCUUAAUGAAUGUUAUAACAAUAGAAGACUAUAAGAGCACAUACUGGCCAAAGUUGGAUAGUGCCAUAGAUCAGCUUUUAACUCAGUGUCCUGGUGACUACAUCCCCAUCUCCUAUGAACAAAUAUACAGUUGUGUGUAUAAAUGUGUGUGCCAGCAGCAUUCGGAACAGAUGUAUAGUGACCUAAUAAAAAAGAUAACUAACCACUUAGAGAGAGUCUCAAAGGAGCUGCAGGCCAGCCCUCCAGACAUCUACAUCGAAAGGUUUAACAUAGCACUUGGACAGUAUAUGGGAGCAUUACAGAGCAUUGUGCCUCUUUUCAUAUAUAUGAAUAAGUUUUACAUAGAAACCAAGCUUAAUCGAGACUUAAAAAAUGACCUUAUAAAACUGUUUACGGAACAUGUUGCAGAAAAGCACAUUUACAGCCUAAUGCCUUUACUCCUAGAAGCUCAGACCACGCCUUUUUGGAUAGACCCUUCCACUAUGGCAAACAUUGUCAAAGGAUUGUAUAUGCUUAGGCCAGAAUGGGUUCAGAUGGCACCAGCUUUAUUUUCUAAAUUUAUUCCAAACAUCCUCCCUCCUGCUGUAGAAUCUGAGCUUGAGGAAUAUGCUGCUCAAGACCAGAAACUCCAACAAGAACUUAUUCAGGAAGGAUUUUCCAGAGGUGACCAGUCACGUAAAAGAGCUGGAGAAGAAUUAACCUACAAUGGUUCCGCUUCGUGUGCAAGCUCAAGAGGAUGCAGAUAGUGACUGCAACAAGUAUUUUAUUCUCAAUACGAGCGGACACUGGAGUGACAUUGGAAGGGAGGGUAUCCAGAAGCCCCGUUGGGCUCUACUGAUACUCAGGUUCUUUGAUGCAAGCUAUACCUACAAGAGGAGUUUGGACAUGUUUCUUGCCAUGUAAUAAAAUAUCUGUUUGCUGCUAUUUGGGGGCUAACUUGGAACAAUGUGACCAGUCCUGACAAGUUCUUCUUGGGCAGUCCUGUGAGGAGCAGACCUUCCUGUUUCUGUUUUAAAAAGACCAGUGCAUAUAAAACAUGGUAGCCAAAAAAAAAAAAAAAAGCAGCUUCCUCUGAAAGAAACUUUGCACUUUCGAAAUGUGUGGACAUUGCUGAGCUUGUGCCCUUUAGGUUUUGUCUGGAAUGUUUUGCUUAGAAAGAAUAAAAAUUGAUCACUUGGCAGUAUUUCUUUUGUUCCACAAAAAGUUUGCAUCCUAGAGUCAGUCUUAUGUUAUUGGCUCUUGACAUUCCAGAUCUAUAUGGUUCACCUAUUCAGCCCCCUUCCCCCUAUUCCCCCCCUUUAUUCAGAUAUCUAUUAAUAGGUCCUUCUGUGCCCUCAGUCUCCUUGAUUUCAGCUUGUGUGCUUUGCAGCUUUGUCUCUCUUAAGCUGUGAUUUGAUUAAACAUGCUGCAAAUUUGCAAGAUUUUCUUGCAACCUAUCACUUAGGAAACCAAGAGUGAACGAAAAUUGCAAUUAUGUUCCCUGUUUCCUUCCACAUGAGAAGUAUUAAUGCAAGUCUCAGCAUUUAUUGUAUUUUGUUGUUGGCUUCAGUAAUGAUUGCAAAAGCUUAAACCCCAGAUAGAAAGCGGUUCCCACAUGCGAUUUCAAUUCAGAGUUGAAACGCUGGUACAUACAGAUAGAAGGAUUUGACAAGACAUUGUGGGUCAGGUUAUUGGCUCACAUCUACCGUGUUGGGCUGUGACAGUACAGAUAGAUUUUUCUUUAUGGUUUUAAGUAAUCUGUUUGAUUACCUUGUUAUUGGACUGCUAUAAUAGAUUUAAAGAACGUAGCUGAAACUUUGCUUGUAGCUUACCUCUGGGUAGCAAGGUACUCUAGGUCAAUUUUAUACACCCAUGAAAAGUUUGUACCCUUUUCAGAAGGUAAGUGAAUUGUGUACUUGAUUUGCACGUAAAGGAUUUUUUCCUCUUGUUAAAGCUUGAACGUCCUGCAAUAGAUUGCACUGCAUUGUGGGUAUGAAUAUAUAUGCAGCAAUCUGUACCUCAUAUGGGAUGAAUUUGGAUCCCUGUAUUCUACUUCUAGUCCCAGAUCAGAGGCAAGUCACAAGGUGCUGUCCUGCCCACCCCGUGUUCUCUGUGAAGAAGCACCAUGCAUGCAUAGAGAACUAAGGGAUCCCCUGUGUCUUAUGGGUGGUAACCAGCUAGGUCAUACUCAGAGUAGAUCCAUAGAGCAGACUUGUUAGUCAUGUCUAAAGUCCAUUGAUUUCAUCAGGUCCCUUCUGGGUAGGAUUUAGUUGGAUAUCACACAAUGAGGAGGUUUUUUUAAUAGAAAGAGUAGGUUGUUCUCUGCAAUAAAAGGUAAGUGCAGAUAUCGAUUGCCACUGAGACAGUAAAGCCAAACUGGAUGCAGUUGUUCCGAGAAGUUAGUGCUCAGGGGAAGUUCAUUAUGAAUGAACCUUUAAUAUAAGUGUUGUGCCCGUGGAAGGCCAUGGAGAGGAAGCAUUUUGCAUUUCCAGAAGUAAUAAAUGGCAGCUCUCUUUAUUAGUAAAAAAAUAAUCUUAUUACAUGCCUUCCCCACUUUUGUGCACUGGUCACACUGGGCUUAUCUGGUGCACAGAGUGCCCUGCACAGUUUUGAAAUCUCAUUGGGUAGGACUCUUGAGAGAUAUGUUUGUCCAUUAUGGUGUGAGAGCAUAAUCUUAAAUAGCAAAAUGGUACUUGGAAAAAGUGUUGGUUUGUUUUAAAAAGAACAACAAAACCCUUGCAAUAUCAAAAAAUCUUUUAGACCUGAUGGGAAAACUGGGCUCCUAGUUAAUGGUCAAAAAUUAUGCAUCACUUCAAAGAAACCAUGACAGUAGAUAUGGCAAGAAAAUUCCUUUCUACUUUUACAUAGGCUGUCCUCCUUUCUUUUGAUAUUCAAAUGAAAGACACUAGGAAAUUACAGAUUGUUAAUUUUUGAAAUGUUUUAAAAAUUAAUCCCUUGCAUGUUCUUGGUUUGUUCAGUAUUUUUCUUCGAAACAAUUAAUUAGAUGAAAAGUACUAAGUGAGAGGCGGGUAUAAUUUUGUUAGAGCAGAUUCUGCUGUGGAAUGUUUUCCAUUAGAAACAAUGGACCACCUAGGACCUUUACCAGUGUAACAUUUUUUGUGGUUUCAUCCCCAGCAAAUUGAUACCAUGAGCAGUAUAUUGUGACAUCCCACUCAGUGUCCAUAAGUUUGCACGCUGAGCUCCCAGUCAUUGAAUGUGAUGAGCAAGUACAUAGUCAUGCCACUAGAAUUACAUUAGCCCAGUUGGCAUCUGCUCCAGAUUGGCACCCCACCCACCAGACCUCAGUUGCCCUCAAGGACAGAGUUCACAUAAGGCCUUCUGAUGUUCGAAAGAUCUGGGGGGUAUCUUUUGUAGGGAGGUCAUAUAUAUCCAAUACUGUAUUUAAUGCAGAAUGUAUCUGUACAAAUGCCACUCACACCAGUUGACUGAGUGUACCUUUGGAUAUGGAAAAUGGAGCGUGCAGAAUGUAUGCACAACUUAGUAGUUUUAGUAACCAAACAAAAACAGAUUGAAGAAAACAAAACCAACAUCCCUGAUAUAAAAGCUACUUGCUUCCGCAGUUGUGAAAAUAAUUUUUAUGAUUUAUUUAUUUUUAUGGAUGGGUACUUCACUACAUCCAGGUGAUUCCUAUUGUUGUAGCAUUCUCCUCAGAACCCUCCCAUUCAGGCUUUAGUUGUGUGGCAGAAGAUGGCAGAGCUACAACGGCUGGAGCAGGAGUGGGGAACAUGUCGGGCUGUUUUUCAUCACCUGUAGUCUGAACAGCAUCUGGAGGGCUAUAGGUUCCUCAUCCCUGCUCUGGUUAGUGAAUGAGGACUGGAACCAAGCAUAUGGAACACCAUGCCUACAGCCAUUCCAUGGCACUGGGUCUUCUCUAAAAGAUGGAAACCUAAGAGUUUUAUCCAUUGAAGUCAUCUCAUUAGUGCAAGGUUUUCCACAGUGGGACUUCCUUCCUUUUCCUUCUCCCCUUCAAAUCUGUUCUGGCUUUCCCCUCCAACCCUCCAGAAGAGAUUUGAGGAGCACCGAGGAGAGGGACGGGAAGUUCCAUUGCACAGGUGGAAGUCCUUGUGCUCAUGGGGCAACUUAGUUGGGUGCAACCCAUAUUGUUCUGCCCUCCCCAGUUAAUGUCGCUACUGCAUUACAGAUCGCCCUGGUAAAGCACUACAUUGCUUAGUAUAACCCAUCAUAUACUUCCUACCAAUGGUCCUCUGCCGUUUGGUCCACUUUAUCUUCGUUUAGAGUGGUCAGAGGUAAAGUAAUCUGAAGGAUAGCAUCUGAAGCACAAGUGAAAUAUUUGGUACCACUGAAAGGGUGGGAGGUUGACGAUCGUGCCUGGGAUUUGUGGUUCUUGUUUAAUCAGAAAGGCCAUGUAGUUAAAUCUUCCACCUUUCUGCCAUUUUGCUUUGACCAAUGAGAUAUACUCCUGCAAGAAGGAAACAUAAGCAGAAAGUAUUCAUGGUGACUUAUACCAUUGCCAUGGAAUUCCCUUCAUUUGGAGUGUUGGUACUGUUUGAGACUGAAUAUAUUCCACAUAGUCUAUGUUGCAACGGAUUAGAAUGGGAUUCUCAUUUGAUAUUUUGUUGUUGGCAGAACUAGAGCUACCAGAAUCAAGCGGAUGAGAAUGUUAAUAUAAAACACCCUUUUGAUUUCCAAGAGUGUGCAGGUUUAUUAUGUAUGUUGGGCUGCUUUUUUUUUUUUAACUCGUAACUAAUUUGUGAUUUGUAAAUAACCUGUAGAAUGCAACUUUUGUUUCAGGUUAUAUAAUUUUAUUUGUGUCAUUGAAUGUUGAGUCUUAGGACAUUACCUUUUUGAAACCAGUCCUUCUCUAAAAGUUAGGACAAAGCCUUCCUCUAAUGUCAAUAUUCUACACAUUCUUUGGGGAAAAAAUGUUUUAGCCCUAUGUAGCAUCUUGCCUGACUAGGAUACUGAACACUUUUUGUAAAAAUAAAAAAAAUGUUGUGUUAUGUUGUAAAUUAGUAUUAAGAUUUCUGUAUGUUUUGGCAUCUAAUGCUGAAAUCAUUUGUUUCCUUAUCUUCAAAGGGUUUUAUCUUUGCGAGCUGAGCAUGAAAGAACACAACAAAACAUAUGAAACAAUGGUUACUCUGUAGACAUUUUUCUUGGUCAAUCUGUGUCAGGUCUCUAAAGCCAUGACUUAACCAAAGCAGCAUGGUCUUAGCUAUGGUGCUUCUGUGAAUCAGACAACUUGCCACACGUGUAUGUGUGUGUGUGUGUUUUGUUUCCCCCCUCAAAUGAGACCUAAAUAGCAAAAUUUUAUGCAUCAGGUGUCAUCUUAUAUAUCAGAUUUGUUUCUUGGGAAAUUUGCUCUAUUAAAAUAUUUUUAGACAAACA